AUGUCUGCGGGCCGACAGCAGCUGGCAAGCACUAGCUGUCGACUGGCAGCCGUCAAUUCCAGAUUGGCUAAUCGGCGCGCAAUCGCACAUAAGGCCUUGGCCUCCUUGGCCUCGAUGGUCCAAGAACAAGGCAAAGAGAGGACGCAGCCGCAGGGCCACCAGCAGCCGUCUUCCCGUGAGCCGACCGCCAGAGCCCUGCCAGCCCACGGCAAUUCCAACACCUACGCCAUCGCCCCUUCCGCCCACCUGCACCUCUUGCACCACUUGCACCACUCACACGCCAGCAAAAGAAAAGCCCCGCCAGCAAGCACCAGCACCACCGCCAACCUGGCCGCAACCCCACCUUUUUUUUCUCGCGCAUUUUCGCAGCUGCCCGCCCAAUUCCAACCCGCUCUACUGUCGUCUCGGGCGAUUUCGUCUUCGACUCCUUUUCCUUGGAAUCCUUUUUUCUCCUCUCCUUCUCUUUCCCGCUCCUUUUCCUCCACUCCCGCCGCAUCACCACCGCAACCAUCACCCACCAUGGCCUACACCACCCGCAAGAUUGCUGCCCAGCACACGCUGGAGCACCGCGUGUACAUUGAGCAGGAUGGCCAACCCAUCUCGCCUUUCCACGACAUCCCCCUCUAUGCCAACGCCGAGAAGACGGUCCUGAACAUGAUUGUCGAGAUCCCGCGCUGGACCAACGCGAAGAUGGAGAUCUCCAAGGAGGAGACGCUCAACCCCAUCAAGCAGGACACCAAGAAGGGCAAGCUCCGCUACGUCCGCAACUGCUUCCCCCACAAGGGCUACCUGUGGAACUACGGCGCAUUCCCCCAGACGUGGGAGGACCCCAACGUCGUGCACCCCGAGACCAAGGCCAAGGGCGACAACGACCCGCUCGACGUCUGCGAGAUUGGCGAGCUUGUCGGCUACACGGGCCAGGUCAAGCAGGUCAAGGUCCUCGGCGUCAUGGCCCUGCUCGACGAGGAGGAGACGGACUGGAAGGUCAUUGUCAUUGACGUCAACGACCCGCUGGCCAAGAACCUCAACGACAUCGAGGACGUCGAGCGCCACCUGCCCGGUCUGCUGCGCGCCACGAACGAGUGGUUCCGCAUCUACAAGAUCCCCGACGGCAAGCCCGAGAACCAGUUCGCCUUCACCGGCGAGUGCAAGAACAAGGCCUACGCCCACGAGGUCGUCGCCGAGUGCGCCGAUGCCUGGGAGCGCCUCGUCACCGGCAAGACCCCGGCCAACGGCGUCCAGAUUGCCAACCUGACGGUUGCGCAGUCGCCGGCCCGCGUCACCCCCGACCAGCUGCCGGCCAUCCCCGCGCACCAGGAGCUGCCCGCCGAGAAGAUUGACAGCUCGAUAGACAAGUGGUUCUUCAUCAGCGGCGCGUCGGCGUGA